UGAGGGAAGAGCCCCACGGGCUGGGGACCCUUGGGUCCCCCCUUGCCCGGCACCCGCCGGCUGCUAGGACCCAGCAGCUAUCCCCGUGGGACCGCCGCUGCCAGCGGGCAGGCAGAGCCCGGGUGUGACAGCCGGUGCCAUCCGCGGCAGGCAAACACGAUGACUAACGGGUGACAGCCGCGGGGAAGGGGGGACGGGGGGUGGACGUGGCCUCCGGGAGCCCCAGUCCCGCCGUGGGAGCAGCGCCGGCGAGGAGGAGCGUCACCCAUCUCCCGAGGAGCAGAGGCGAGGGGCCUGCUCACGAGAAGACGGUGGCCAUGGCUGCGGUGGGGCUUCCCUCCAGGGGACGCAGGAGAAUUGUCCCUGUGACACGGGCACCAGAGCUGCUGGCUUAGUCCUCGGCUGGCAUGGCGAGCCGGGUGGGGCCGAACACCACGGACGGCCUCGAGUCGCCCCCCGUCCCAGAGCAGUCCGCCGCGCAGGAGGUUGUCGGCCUCCUCUGCAUGGUGCUGCUCACCAUCACCGCCUUGGUGGCCAACGUAGUGGUGAUGGUCGUCAUCCUCAGAACCCCCCUUCUCAGGAAGUUCAUCUUCGUCUGCCACCUCUGCGCGGUUGACCUCCUCUCUGCCAUCUUCCUCAUGCCCCUGGGGAUCAUCUCCAGCUCCUCCUGCUUCGACAGGGUCAUCUACAGCAUUGCCGAGUGCCAGGCCUUGAUAUUCCUGAACGUCUGCUUCAUCAGCGCCUCCAUCCUCACCAUCUCCAUCAUCAGCGUGGAGCGGUACUACUACAUCGUCCACCCCAUGCGGUACGAGGUCAAGAUGACCAUCAGGCUGGCGGUGGCCGGGGUCGUCUUCAUCUGGGUCAAGUCCGUUCUCAUCACUGUCCUAGCGUUGGUGGGCUGGCCUCAAGACAACGGGGCCACCAGUGCAAGCCGCUGCACGGUCUACUGGAGCCCCGGGGCCCACAAGAAGGCCUUUGUGAUCAUCUUCAGCAUCGCCUGCUUCGUCUUGCCCACCAUCAUCAUCUUCGCUGUCUACUGCAGCGUGUACCGAGUGGCUCGGCUGGCGUCCCUGCAGCACGCGCCCAUGCCGGCGCAGGCGGCUGUCCCGGGGCACCGCUCCGGCUCCGCCGCCAGCCAGGUGACCAUCGUCACCGCCAGGAACCUGCCGCUGCCCAGGCUGACCCCCGAGCGCUUUUUGGGAGGCCACAAGGCCAUCCUCACCUUGGUCCUCAUCGUGGGACAGUUCUUGUGCUGCUGGCUGCCCUUCUUCGCUUUCCACCUGCACUCCUCCGUCGCCGCUGGCGCGGUGGGCGGUGGGCACGGGGAGAUGACGGUCACCUGGAUCGCCUACUCCUCCUUCGCCAUCAACCCCUUCUUCUACGGGCUGCUGAACCGCCAGAUCCGGGAGGAGCUGGCCCGGCUCUGGCGCAGCUGCCUCAACCGGCCCCUGGGCCAGGAGCUGUGUCUGUCCGUCUCGGAGGCCUCCGUCCAGGAAAACUUCCUGCAGUUCCUCCAGCGAGCAACGUGCACGCUGGAAACCCGCUCCAGCUGCAUCGGCCCCAGCCCCAGGAACAGGCUGGACCAGAGCAAGGUGGGCUUCCCCAUCCCCGGGCAAGUCCCCGAGGAGAGCGGCUGAGGAGCAGGGAGCCCUGUGCCACCACGCCGGGCAGGGACUGAUCAGCCCCCCUUGGACCUGAGGGGGUUGGUCCUUGUCCGGGUUUUGCCUCCCCUCUGAGCUUG